GCUCAGUUAUAUUGAGAAUAAUGACAACGUCGAAGCAUAUGAGAAAAUAAAUACGAUUUGUCAAAAAACAAUUUUUUUGAACAAUAACACGUUCACGAGGCAAAACUUAUAUUUUUACUAUUAAUAAUAUAACUGAGAUUUAAUACGGUCUCGUGAGGGGACAUAUUAUAAACCAAUUUCUAUUAUUUGAAGUAAUUUCAAAAUGGUAAAAAGAAAAAUUCCUGCUCGAAAACAUCAUGGAAUUAGGGAUCCUUUGAAGCAGCAAGCACAACAGUUAGACAGAAUAAAAGACAAAAUCAAUAAUCCACCAAAACAAAAUGAACAAGAAAAAAUACCCUAUAGCCUAGCGCAAAUUAUAAAAGGUAAAAAACAAGCUAAACGCGGGAUAGUAAAGAAAAAAUAUAAUAUUGGAGUUGAGGACAAACCAAAACAUAUAAGAAACAAAAUAAAACCUAUUAAAAGAUUACCUAACGAAGACGACGAAAAUUAUUUGAAAAGAAUCAAUCGUGCAACAACACAAUCAUUAAAAGAAGCUGAAUAUGAAAUCAAAUAUGGUGUCGAAGUCCAUAGAAACUCGAAAACAGGUGAAGUUACCGUAAAAAAAAAAUCUAAAGAAUCAUUACAACCCCCAAAUAAAAAUAAUAAAAAAUAUAAAAAUGCCUUGGAUCCAAAAGUUUCAAAGGAGUUGAUAAAGCAAGUAUUAAAAGAAGAGAAGUUAGAACAUAAAAAAGAAUUGUCAGAGUUUAAAACGGAUUAUAUAAAAUUUGGUGAAGUAGUUAAUGCUCCACCUACAUUUUCCGUAGUACCAAAAAAGGCAGAGAAAAGUGAAACUGUUCCAAGGCCUGGGAAAAGAGAUUUGUUAUUAAAGAGUGUAAUAAAUGAAAAUACACUUGCAAAAAAACCAAAAAUUAAAAAGAACAUUAGUCCUAAUUUUAAAGGAAAACGAAAAAACUUAACCCUUGCCGCACGAGACAUGAUAGAAAAAGAACGUUUUAAGACAAUUGAGCUCUACAGAAAGUUGAAGAAAAACUAAACUCAACCAAAAAAUUAAACUUGCCAUGUAGCAAGUAGACCUACCUAAGUGCCUACUUAAAAUUUGUAAAUAAAUUCAUAUCUGACGUAAACAAUUUUGAAUAAAUAAAAUAAUUUGAAAGAUA